GUAGUUUUAAUCCUCCGGCUCCUACAUUACAAAACCCUAAUCUCUUCAAACGCAGUCUCUCCAACUCCUCCGCUGUGCAGCCAAUCUUUGCCUCUAAACUGUAGCAAUGGCGUCCGAGAAGAAAUUAUCAAAUCCUAUGAGGGAAAUCAAAGUGCAGAAACUUGUUCUCAACAUCUCCGUUGGUGAAAGCGGCGAUCGUCUUACACGCGCCUCCAAGGUGCUCGAGCAACUCAGCGGUCAGACCCCAGUCUUCUCAAAGGCUAGGUACACUGUUAGAUCUUUCGGGAUUAGGCGUAAUGAAAAGAUUGCUUGCUAUGUGACUGUGAGGGGAGACAAGGCAAUGCAGCUUCUCGAGAGUGGAUUGAAGGUUAAGGAAUACGAGCUUUUGAGGAAGAACUUUAGUGAUACUGGUUGCUUCGGCUUCGGUAUCCAGGAACAUAUUGAUCUUGGAAUUAAGUACGAUCCAUCAACUGGUAUUUAUGGGAUGGACUUCUAUGUUGUUUUGGAGCGUCCAGGGUACCGUGUUGGUCGUCGUAGAAGAUGCAAAGCACGUGUUGGAAUUCAUCAGAGGGUUACAAAGGAUGACGCAAUGAAGUGGUUUCAGGUGAAGUAUGAAGGUGUCAUUCUUAACAAGGCCCAGACUAUUGGAUGAUCUUAGAAAAUGUUGGGUGUGUAUUUAAAUUUUCGGAAGUUAAAAGUGUAGGGCUAUUUACUUUUUGUGGUUGGAGGUUUAAUGUUUAUCACUCAGAAUUUAUUUUAGCAGGUUACUUUUUUCGGUA